AUGGGGCCAGACAACUUGUUGCACCUAGCUGGCAGAAUCGUUGCCGUACAAGACGUCGGUUCCGAGAUCAAGUUUCCAAUCAUUCUAGAUGGACGACACCCAGUAGUGCGCUUAUUGGUCAAUUUCUACCAUCGCAAGGCUGGACAUGCAAACAAUGAAAUGGUGGUCAAUGAGGUUCGACAAAAAUAUUGGCUUCUUCAUCUGCGCAGUACUGUUCGAAGCGUCACCAGCAAAUGUUUGUUCUGUCGCAUCAAAAGAGCAAAGCCAAUGAAUCCGAUGACCGGUAACCUUCCUCCUCAGCGGCUUGCCCACCACCGCCGCCCAUUCACGUACACUGGCUUGGAUUAUUUCGGCCCGAUAAAUACCAAGAUCGGCCGAAGACAAGAGAAACGUUAUGUGGCCCUGUACACCUGCAUGACAUCCAGAGCCGUUCACCUGGAGCUUGUACAUUCCCUUUCUGCUGACUCCGCAAUAAUGAGCCUGCGACGGUUUAUUGCUAGAAGAGGCGCUCCCAAUACUGUAUAUUCUGACAACGCUACAUGUUUUGUUGGUGCAGACCGAAUUCUACGCGAAUUUUAUCAGAACGAGGUCUACGAUUUUGCUGCCAAUAGAGGAAUAAAGUGGAGCUUUAUCCCUGCCGCUGCUCCUUUUUUCGGCGGAUGCUGGGAGAGACUUAUUCGCACCGUCAAAGUCGCGCUGAAUGCCACAUUACGAGAAAGAGAACCUAAUCCCGAAGUCCUAGUAACUCUCCUUCUAGAAGCUGAGGCAAUUGUAAAUUCUCGACCUCUGACCCAUGUCCCUAUUGGCCCUGAAGACCAGGAAACCCUAACGCCCUUCCACUUUCUAAUUGGCUCAUCUUCUAACCAGGUUCUGCCUGCAACCCUUGACGACCGAGACCUUUUAAGACGUGCUGACUGGAGGAAGGCGUUGAGAUUGGCCGACCACUUUUGGAACCGAUGGGUAAAAGAAAUUCUGCCAACCAUGCAACCUCGCCAGAUAGCGGAGAACAGAGAGCACGACUUGACUCUUGGCGACUUAGUCAUCAUUGUAGACCAGAACCUACCCCGAGGAACCUGGCCACGCGGCCGCGUCGUUGCUACAUUCCCUGGCAGAGACGGAGUGGUCAGGGUGGUGGACGUAGCCACAUCAGGUGGAAUUCUUCGUCGACCUUCUAAAAAAUUGGUCAGAUUAGAGGCAUAA